AUGGUGUUAGGGCUUAGCAUCCCAAUGGACCCAGCCCUGGCGCUUUUCCACAUGUACGUAGAUCGCAUCUCCGCAGGUGACCGUUAUGUCUUGGGGCGCAUUUUGAUAGCCGCUAAAGCGGCUAUAGCACAGUUAUGGAAAUCUGAGAGUGUUCCCACCUUAGAGUCCAUCCAAAAUAAGAUCCACAAACAUUUCAUUUUUGAAACCGCGGAGGCUAAAUACUCCUCAUCGGCUAACUCUAUCCACAUGAAAUGGUUGGGAUGGUCUGACUAUAGAAGUAGAGAAGGCUAUCACCUGCUCCAAGCAAUGAGAUUCGGCAUUGAGGAAAUCAAUAACUCCAGCACACUGCUGCCCAAUGUAACCCUCGGCUACGAGCUGUUUGACACCUGCUCUGAUUCAGCCAAUAUAUAUGGGACUCUGAAGAUCCUCUCCCAGUGCACCAAACCCUAUGUAAAGAUGCAGAACAACUUUACUGACUACAAGAUGAAAGCCAUCGCUUUAGUCGGACCGUCCAGCAGCAGUUUUGCCUUUGUUACAGCAAGUAUUUUAGGCAAGUUCCUUGUGCCUCAGAUAAGUUACUCUGCUUCCAAUGAGUUGCUUAGCAGUAAACAGAUGUACCCUUCCUUCCUUCGCACCAUCCCAAGUGACAAACUGCAAGUUGAAGUCAUCCUGAACUUGCUGCAGAAGUUCAGCUGGACUUGGAUUGCCAUUGUUGGCAGUGAUGAUGUCUAUGGCACAAAGGGCUUGCAAGACUUAUCCACCUUGGCGACCAGUAAUGGCAUCUGUGUGGCGUACCAAGGACUCAUACCAUACAGCACAGACAGGACAUACGUCAAGGACAUGGUGAAUAACAUAGUGAAGACCAGAGUCAGGGUGACCGUGGUCUUCUCUGCCUACUUCAAUGCCAGGAUAUUUUUCGAGGAAGUUGUUAAUGCCAAUAUUACGGAUUUUGUCUGGAUUGGCAGUGAGAGCUGGUCAGUUGACUCACAAAUCGCUGGGAUUCCAAAUAUCAAGACAAUUGGCUCAAUACUGGGGGUGGCAGUGGGUCAGAUCUAUUUCCCAAAGCUUUUAGAUUUUGAGACUGCCUACGUCAGUUCUAUUAAAGCACAAUCCAGGAAUAGCUAUGACUGCAAUCAGGUGUGCGCAUACUGUCAGUCAUUCACCCUGCAGAACAUGUCCAUCCCCAGCCAGUUUGCUAUGUCAACCUCGUUUAAUGUUUAUUCUGCCAUCUAUGCUAUAGCUCAUAGCUUGAAUGAAUUAUUGAACUGUAAAUCGGGAAAAUGCAGCAACGAUACCUUCUAUCCAUGGCAGCUCUUGGAACACGUGAAGAAGGUGAACUUCACUCUCUACAAUCAGCCCAUUUAUUUUGACAGCAAUGGAGACCCAGCUACUGGCUAUGACCUAGUGAUGUGGGCGUGGAACGGGGACAGCGCAUCCUUUAACGUCAUCGGCUCGUACAAUAAAAGUAUGGGCAACCUGAAGCUGAAUGAUGGGCUGAAAUGGCACACCAAGGAUAAUGCAAUUCCUGAAUCAAUUUGUUCUAAAGAAUGUGGAAAAGGAGAGAGACGGGUUCUGACGGGAUCCCAUUCGUGCUGUUUUGAUUGUAUUUCUUGCCCAAAAAUGAGUUUCCUUAACAGUAGCGAUCUCUACACCUGCCAGCUGUGCGGACUUAAUCAGUGGUCACCGGUCAGAAGUGAGAUCUGUUACAACAGGACCAUAGAAUAUCUCAUGUGGACUGAUCCAUUAUCACUCGUUCUUCUUACUGUCGCUACAGUGUUGCUUUUACUGACUGUGGCAAUUGCCGUUAUAUUUAUUGUUCAUUUAAAUACCCCAGUAGUUAAAUCUGCCGGGGGAAAGAUGUGUUUGGGGAUGUUAUUGUCUUUGGCCUGUUCUUGCUGCACCUUGUAUUGUUAUUUUGGGGAGCCACGGCUUGCCACGUGUAUGGUGAGGCAGCCCAUCUUUGCUGUGAGCUUCACCAUCUGCUUCUCCUGCCUUGUGGUCCAUUCAUUUCAGAUUGUCUGCAUCUUCAAGAUGGCCACACACAUGCCCAAACUGUACGAGAUCUGGGUCAAGAAAAAUGGCUCCGAUCUCUUCAUUGUGAUCAGUUUGGCCGGUCAGGUCCUGAUCUCUGUCAUCUGGUUGGUUGUGAAGCCACCUAAGCCAAUGGCAGACUACUCCACGUUCUCCGAUCAGAUCAUAUUGAAAUGUUCGGAGUCGGCCUCGCUAGGGUCCAUUGCUGAGAUUAGUUACAUUGGCUUCCUCAGCAUGCUGUGCUUCGUCUUCUGCUAUAUGGGGAAAGAUUUGCCAGAUAACUACAAUGAGGCCAAGUGUAUUUCAUUCAGUUUCCUGGCAUACUUCUUCUCAUGGAUCGCAUUCUUCACAACUUUCAUUAUCUACCAGGGGAAAUACAUAGCAGCCGUCAAUGUCUGCACUGUGCUGAUCAGUGUUAUGGGCAUUCUUGUUGGCUAUUUCACCCCUAAAUGUUACAUUAUUCUCUUUAGGCCAGAGCUAAACACUACGGAGCAUUUCCAGAUAGCCAUUCAGAACUAUACCAAAAAGCAAUCUUCUCAGGAGUAG